AUGUCUCAGAUCUCAAGCCUAAAGUUUUGGAUGGCAAAUUUGGCAAAACUGGAGUUUGCUGCCUUGGACCUUUCCGUGGACAACUUUUUAUCAUGGGUCCUGGAUGCCAAAAUUCAUCUACGAGCCAAUGGCCUCGGACAAACAAUUGUAGAUGAGAAUAAUGCUUCACCUGAAGAGAAUGCGAAGGCCAUGAUCUUUCUUCGCCGCCACAUCCAUGAGGCGCUGAAAAGCGAAUAUGUGGUGGUUGAUGAACCGUUGGUUCUGUGGAAAGCUCUAGGUGAAAGAUACGAUCACCAGAAGACGAUGACUCUUCCAAGAGCUAGAUACGAAUGGACCCACUUGAGAUUUCAAGAUUACAAGUCAGUGUCCAACAAUACAGACAUAGCAGUUUCAAGAAGUACUCUGAACUUGUAUCUUGCCUCUUGUUAG